AUGGAUGGGGAAACAGAGCCAGAUGAUCGAUCACUGUUGAGAAUAAAUAGUAUAAAAAGGAAGAGCAUUCAGACUGACACACAGACGGAUGCAAAUCCGGACGGACGGACGGAUGGACGGACGGACGGACGUGAAGACACAGAGCAAGAGAUAGCAAUCUCACCUUCCCUCCCUGGCCCGGAUGAAGCAUGCUACUUUUGGCCAGACUCCGCCAACGAAGCCGCUACCAUGGUGAUUUCGGUCGAUCAGUUUACAACUGACAUAGUUGUGUCGGAUCUCUCGCAGAAAUGCCGACAUCCCUUGCAACUUUUGUUGCCACCGCCCCAGCCACCGGGCCCUUCGACAUCUCAGUUGGGACGCCAUUCGAGCGCCUGUAGGGCGGCUAAGCGACGGAAACAUGAUACACUCGAUGCAACCGCGUUCGACCAAGUCACGCAGGCGAUGUUGCCACUCCCGUUUCGGUGCCACCCUUCCAGACGGCCAGACUGCUUGCUCUUCUGCCCGGAUGGCUCCAACAUGACGACCAAAUAG